AUGGACUCUUACUCCGCGGCGUUCCCAGCCAUGGCGGCGGCGCUGGGGGCGGGGAGGCAGGCGGAGCAGGACAGCUUCGCUUCCGCGCUGGUGCAGAUCCUGGGGGUGAAGGAGCGCGGAGAUCUCAAGGAAGGCUUCGGGUUUUUCCUACAGGAACUUCUCUCCGGGGGGCUUGAGAAGGCGCAUGCGGAGGGGAAGGGGAGAGGCGCGGGGAGAGGCGCGGGAGGGGGCGGCGCAGGGCGGGGCGCAGCGCGGGCGGGGGGUGGCAGAGGGGUGGAGGGGAUGGGGAUGCAGGAGAUAAUGAGGGCGAUGGUGCGGCUGAUGGAGAAGGAGGGGGGGAUGGGGCCGGAGGAGCGGAGGAGGCUGAUGGGGGAUCCGGGGAUGAUACCUAUGGAUGCGAUGAUGAAAAUGCUUGGGGAUAAGGAUGCUAUGCGCCGGCUCACUCAAAUGCUGGAGGCGGAAAGUGGGGGGAAUGGGGAGCACAGCAGGGAGGCACAGAUCUUCCUUAUAGACGGGAACAACGCGAACAAGACCCGCGUGGAGGAGGAAGCCAUUGAGGCUGCUAGAGGGAGAGUGGGCAGGGAGGGGAGGCUGGCGGGAGUGGAUGGAGAGGUGGGUGGGGGAGGAGGAGAUGAGGCAGCAGCUAUCUCCAAUCCUGCUCCUGUGGGCAGUGCUGUUUCCGAUUCUAGGCUUGUACCUGUCAACUCCAACGCUGUUGUAGCAGCCUUCACGUAUCGGGCAGGCUGCAUCUUGCAGUGGGUCCGGAUCUAUGGCUCAGAUUUCAUCUCAGUGAAGAAAUGCUUCAAGGACGACCCGCACGGCAAGGUGCUGGCCAUGCACCAUCCGCUUCGGGAUCUUCCGAGCCUGCUGGUCAGGCUCGGCGCCAUCCCCAAGCCUUUGGAGGGACGAACCUUUCCAAUGGAAUGGGUGGAGUGGCCUGAGGGCGAUGAAGCUGCCGUGAAGCUUCCUCGUGACCCCAGUGAGAGGUGUUUCCGGCUGGGAAUGGUGGAUGAGAUUGAGACGGGGGAUUCUGGGGAGGGUGGGGAGGGCGGAUCCGGGAAGGGGUCAUCUAGGCAGGCAGCAAGGGCUGGGGGAAAAGGGAAGAAAAAGGGUGGGGGCGGGAGAGGAGGCAGGGGGGGUGGGAGGGGGAAUGGAAGGAGGAGAGACCCUGGAGAAGGGCCAGUGAGCCUCAUGGACGCUCUUGUAGGGGCAACCGCCCCUCAGAACCGAACUGUACCCAUCGUUCGCUGCACUGCUGAUGCAGAAUUCCUAGUGGAGUUUGCAGGGAAGCUGGUGGACCCACCUGAGUGCUCCCAAUGCAACAAGUGCUUCGCCACAUACACAUUCUUCAUCCCCACGCUCGCACUCAUCGCAAACUACGCCUAUCGCCCCGCGUCGGUGCUUUUCAACCGGUUCCUGGCGGUCUUUCCGCCACACACUGCGGAGUUUGCGAAGCUGCUGGAGCUGAUGCACAUGGAGCCUCUACCCACGGAUGUCCCUCCGCUGCUGAACCUACAUGUGGUGAGGAAGCGAGCCGAGCAGCUUCCGGUGUUCUUUCUGCUCCACGUGGCCAUUCACUGGCCGAAAUCCGUGCUGCAGAUCGAGGAGUUGGAAGCGGUGGGGAGCACUGAAGGCGCGGAAGGUGUACGGCGCGGUGCUGGGAGGAAGGCGCAGAAAGGGAAGAAGGGAGGGAAGAAGGGGGGUGGGGAUAGUGGGGAGGACGGGGAGGACGAUGGGGAGGUGUGGGAGGAGGUGAGGGGGUGGUGUCUGGCAGCUAUGUUUGCGUGGAAAUCAACUCUGAGGGUGGUAGGGCCGGGGAUGGUCGAGACAUGCAAGGGUAACAAGGCACGGAAAGCGAAGGGGAGCAAGUGGGAGAGUGGGAGUUGGGUCACUGGAAUGUGGCAGAGGGCUAUCGACCCGAGUGCUGAGGGAUGUGGGAAGGUGGAGGGCGGUGCUGUGAAGCUGAAGGGGUGUUCUGGGUGUGGCAAGGUGGCGUAUUGCAACCGCGACUGCCAGAAGGCUCACUGGCCCUCGCACAAGCUUACUUGCCGACCGAAAUCUGCUAACAAGGUGUGA